AUGGGCGGUCGACAGUCGUCCGUCACGGAGGAACGACCCAGAAGCAAUUCUGUCGAUGCCGCUGUUCGUUUUUCGCUUUUCAAACAAUUUUUGAACGGAGAUGCGUUGUUUUUCCGUUUUGAGCAACUAAAUAUAUUUUCGUGGCGAGAUCCAAUCACAAUCAAUCAAUAAUCGUUUGUUUCAGCUGGCCAUCCAACAGACGGCGGCGCAACGCCCAAACGGUCAGAUGACGACCGCCGAAUUCUUGCAGGUACAGUCUUUUUGAAACUGCGGGAAGGGGUGUCCCGGCAUGAAAAAGAACGUGUGUUCAGACGGUGUUGCUUGUUGCAGACAAUGCGCGCCGCCCGUUUUCUCAGCUCCUCGUCCGAUUCGAACGCCUCCGAAGAUGAUGCGGGACCGUCGCAAGGAGUGCACGGAAAGUGAGUGCUUCCUGCCGGUUUUACGAGUUUUUCGGUGAAUAUGAGCGAUUUUUCAAUUUUGGCACUGAUUGUUGACCGUGUUCAGUGAGAUUUUCUGCCCGAUUUGAUUGUCUGGUCAAGAGAUACACUGCAAAGAGUUGGUGUUGUGUGCGAUAAUUCUAGACACACAAAGAUUAUGUUUAUUAUUAUUUUGACCUACAGUAGUAUUCGAUCAUCGAUAGCAAGGCUUGCAUUCAUUCGAAACUCUUUUCCAAUGUAUCACCAAAUUGACAUGGAAAGCAGUAGAGCGCAAUUUCCAGACAUCCUCGAAAAAGCUGUAAAUUCGCUAACCCCCUCUGAAUUUACAGCCGUCCCCGAGGCCUGCACGUUCGUCCGGGACGCCUUCACGGACACCACAGUCGCCGAUCGGUUCCCGUCUUUAUGAUGGGUAGGACGGGUUCUCUGAGCGUCCGAAAAAUGCAACGAAUCCAACUGAUUUCAGAUAUGAAAUGUCCGGUUUGCCACAAAGUGGUCCCUUCGGACGAUGCGGACAUUCACCUCGUCAUGUGCCUGACAAGACCCAAAAUCACUUAUAAUGGUUAUUUCCAGUGUCAUUUUAGUGGAAAAAUCAAAUUUUUCUUUUUACAGAUGACGUGCUGAAAGAGGACAAGGGCGAGUGCUCGAUUUGUCUGGAGGAUCUCGAGGCGGGACACAAAAUCGCCCGUUUACCGUGUCUCUGCAUCUACCACAAACAGUUGGUGUCCCACUUUUUACAUUAAAUUUUCCAUUUUUCUCUUUCAGAUGCAUCGACGAUUGGUUCAAACGAAAGAAUUGCUGUCCGGAGCAUCCGGGCGAUGAUUGA